AUAUGGGGUAAUUAUAGCAAAUACUAUAGAUAGUAUUUACUAUUUGGUCGUAGUAACUAGUAAUUCUGAAUUUCUAAGUCCGUGAUACUGCGUAAAGCAUAACCAAUUAUCAUAGUUUUAACAACUACUAACAAACUUAAUAAUAUUAUCUUAAACUUAAAUUGUUUCAAAUUUUCAUUUUUUGUUUUAUCGUAAAUUUUUGAGUCUACACAUAGAAAUUACAAAAUAAAAUGAUUUUCUGACCAAUUAAAUAUUCAAAUUAUAAAGCAGUAUAAUGACUAUAGAAGAAAGACGGGAAGCCAGACGCAAAAGAAUAUUAGAAAAUUCAGAAGUUAGACUUAAAAAAAUUACUUCAAUAAGUUCUAAACAAAACAUAUUAAACGAACAACCAGAAUUUAUAAAAGACAAAUCUGAAAAUUAUACACAGAAUUCUGAAUUGCUUGAUUUUCCUGUUCUUAAUUCUGAUAAAGAAAAUGUGAUACCAACAGUUCUUGAAAACCAACAAGUGUUUAACUAUGAACCAAAUCAUUUCAAUCCAAAAUUACAUUCCAAAAAUAUUAAAUAUGAAAUUAAAUUUUCGUCUAUUACAAUCUUACAUAUUAUUUUAUCUCAACUUGUUUUAGUAUUAUUCUACUAUGACUUAGGAUUUUUAUUUGGCAAUUCAAUAGUAGUGCCAUUUUUGCUUAGUGCAAUACCUGAAUUAUAUACAUCAAAGGAACAACAUGAUAGUAUUCACAUGAUUGUGUUAUUAAUGAUGGGAUUUUCUCAGAAUUUUGCAAAAAGUAUAUCCAGAUUUUUCAAAUUGGCAAGUACAACAGGAAAAAGAUUUUGUGUAUAUAUGUUUUGCUUUAUAUGUUCAUAUGCAAUUUUUACUAAUCUAUAUUUUGAUGUUAAAGUUAAUAGUUCUAUACAAUAAAAAAUCUAUUUAUUUGUAAAAUGUA